UUAAAGUUCUUACAAAGUGAAUCACAUAUUUAAAAAAAAAAAAAUCAACACAAAUUUAAUAAAAAAAAUAAUUAGGACUAACAAGUGGAGAUAUUGGUCAUGGGCUCAUGGAUGAAAUUUUCUCCAAUUGUGAUGUGGAGGAAAUUUUUUAUUGCUUUGUCAUAGUAAUUUUAUGCCUAUAAAUACCAUGCAAUUUCAAGCCUUUGAAGCAUGGAAUGAUAGUGAAGAAGAAGUAAGAAAAAAAAAUUCAUUCCGUUAAAUGAGAGUAUAGAAAUCAAAUAAAGAAGAGUUCUAAAACAUCGGCAGAAAAACGAAAAGGAAAUACUUGGAAAAAUGAGGUUUUGGGUGUUUGACUCAGAUGAGUCAAGUCCUAAUUCUGGAUCUACCUCUUCUAGCACUGGCCAAAGCUGGGAUGAUGCUGGUAAUGAUCCACGUGGAAGUAGUUCUCAGUCUUCUUGUAAUUAUGUCGGUGGUGGCAGUGAUAGAGUGAGCAGCGAAAGUUGCAGUUCAGUUGCAAAUUUCAAGAAAACUGAUGACAUGAAUGGUCAGAUCAGGAUCACCAUGAGCAAUAACCAAAAAGAUCAGGUCUUUUUGGAAAACAAUAAUGAACAAGAUGCAGAAUCCUGCUGUGCUUCAUGCGAGAGAGAAGAAGAGGAAUAUACAGACAUAAGGAAAGGCGCAUGGACUUUGGAAGAAGACGCCAUACUGGACUUUAGGAGAGGUCCAUGGAGUGUGGAAGAAGACGCCAUACUUAUAAAUUACAUCAACAUCCAUGGCGAAGGACACUGGAAUUCUGCUGCUCGCUGUGCAGGAUUGAAGCGAACUGGUAAAAGCUGUAGAUUAAGAUGGUUGCGGCUAAAGGUUUGACGUGGCAACAUAGCUCUAGAGCAACUCUUAAUUCUCGAACUUCUUAGUUAUUGGUUUGUUUGGGAAGAGGGACUAGUGAAGUGAGCGGUACUUGAUGGGAGAAUUUAUAGGUCCAUGCUUGCACCAAACAAAUGAAAAAUGCAUUUUUUUUUCAAA